AUGUGGUCUUCCGAAGCCCGGUGCUCGAGUCCUACUGGCUUAUACACAAUCGAUUCAAUUCCCGGAUCUAGCGACAGGCUACAGAUUGACAAUACGGAGGUGCCUAGUUUUGCGAGGUUUGUUGUGGUAUUGAGUUUCGAAAUGUUUGGACAUCGAUUGGAAUGCGAGCAAGGUGCAUACUUUGGGAUCGCUAUUGUGGGUCACUUCCUUGCAAACGCUCCUGAGGCCCUCGAGUUACGAAAACUUUGUGGAGUGUGCCGAUGUCCCUCUUCGCCGCAACGGAUACUACCAACGCUGUAUAUAUACGAAGACGCUGCCCUUGUCUGA